AUGACCCCCCGUACGCGCACGCCGCCGCCCGGGAGCGCGCACGCCGCCGAGCCCCGCCCCCACGGCGCGCCGAGCCCGAGGCCCGAGUCCGGCGGGUCCCGGUCCCGGCUGGCGGGCGGGCGGCGCGCGGACAUGGAGGCCGGGCCGCGGCCGCGCCGGGUGCUGCGCUCGCUCAACUCGCGCGAGCCGGCCCAGGUCAUCUUCUGCAACCGCAGCCCGCGCGUCGUGCGGCCGCUCUGGCUCAACUUCGACGGCGAGCCGCUGCCCUACCCCACGCUGCCGCCCGGCACGGGCCGCCGCAUCCACAGCUUCCGCGGUCACCUGUGGCUCUUCAGGGACGCGGGCACCUACGACGGGCUGCUGGUGAACCAGACGGAGCUGUUCAUGCCGUCUCUCAACGCGGACGGGCAGCCGAUCUUCGCCAACAUCACGCUGCCAGUGUACACCCUCAAGGAGCGCUGCCUCCAGGUGGUCCGCAGCCUGGUCAAGCCCGAGCAUUACCGGAGCCUGGACAUCGUGCGGUCCCUCUACGAGGACCUGGAGGACCACCCGAACGUGCGGCGGGACCUGGAGCGGCUGACGCAGGAGCACCUGGAGAGCCAGCAGCGGGAGGACGAGCCGCAGGCCGGGCCCUGAGCCGGCCCCCCGUGCUCGGAGGGAGACCCCCCUCCGCUCGCUCCCAAGGUCAUGCCGAGAGGCUGGGGUGGAGUGAACAGAGUGGCCUUUGAGGCCUGUCCCCGUGGGCGUUUAUCACGGGACACAGUUACAGUGUCGCUCCCUGGAGCAGCAGCUCUGCUCGAGGACUCUGGCCAGGCGGUUCUGGGCUCCGUGUCCGGCCAGGGGCCGCGGCUGGUGAUGGCCGCGUGGGGCCGGCUGAGGGGCUGCGCGUCCCCUGGGAGGCAGAGGCGGACCCACAUGCCGCCCCUCCGAGCCCCCUCGGGCCUCCUCAAGACGGCUGAGACUUGGGUGGAAUUUUGGAGAUUUUGCCCUUUUUGUGGGGAGAGGGGGGCCUUACUGUGUGUAGAAAGCCGGCGUGUGAAAGGGAACCGUUUUCAUAGGGAGCACUUUCGGUCAUUUUCUGCAUCCCACACUUUUUUUUUUUUUUUUUUUGCUUUUUGGAUCACAUUCGGUUAUUCCUGGCUCUGCACUCAGGAAUCACUCCUGGUGGUGCUCAGGGGACCCUAUGGGAUGCUGGGAAUCAAACCCGGGUGGACCGCGUGCAAGGCAAACGCCCUCCCCGCUGUGCUAUCCUUCAGCCCCCAAUCCCACACCUUUGUUGUGGCUGUGUUUUAUUUGCCUGCAGGUGGGGACGGGGCUUCCUGGACCUCAGGUGGCUUGCUGGGGUUUGCAUCUCGCUCCAAAGAGCACCUGGGCCAGGAGGUCAUUGCCAGGUGCAAAUACUUCCAUUUCUUUUUGUAAAUCUAGGGCAUUUCUCCUCCGUGACUCUUGGAUCCAAACCCAUAAGCUCUAGGGGCCAGAAAGAGAGUGCAGUGGGUAGGGUACUUGUCUUGCACGCUCUGGUUUGCUCCCCAGCAUUGCUACAGGAUCCCCAAACACUGCCAGGAGUGACCCCUGAGCACAGCUGGGAGUCAGCCUCAAGGGCCACCUUCUCAAAUUGAGAAGUUUGAGUCCACCAUCUCCCGAUUCUGCUACCAGGCUUCCUUUUAUUUUAUUUUAUUUUAUUUUAUUUUUGUUUUUAUAGGUCACACCCAGCGAUGCACAGGGGUUCCCUGCUGUGCUAUUGCUCCAGCCCCCAGGCUUCCUUUUUUUUUUCUUUUUGCGUCACACCCGGCGAUGCUCAGGGCUUACUCCUGGCUCUGCACUCAGGAAUUACUUCUGGCGGUGCUCGGGGUACCCUAUGGGAUGCUGGGAAUCGAACCUGGGUCAGCCUCAUGCAAGGCAAACGCCCUCCCCGCUGUGCUAUCGCUCCAGCUCCCUUGUUUUGUUUUUAGGAGUUUAAAAAAAAUUUCCCCCUGAGGCUGGAGCAAUAGCACAUCGGGUAGGGCGUUUGCCUUGCCAGGGUUCAAUUCCCAGCAUCCCAUAUGGUCUCCUGAGCACCGCCAGGGGUAAUUCCUGAGUGCAGAGCCAGGAAUAACCCCUGUGUGUUGCUGGGUAUGACCCAAAAAGCAAAAAAAAAAAAAAAUCCCCCUUUGUGAUAACUAACAGUUUAAAGAAAACUUCCCCAGGAGAGGGGCCAGAGAGGUGGCAGAGUGGGUAGGAUGUUGGCCUUGUAUCCCACCCAGGUUUGAGCCCCGUCACCCAUUAUGGCCCCUGAGCUCAGCCGAAUGUGACCCAAAAACAAAAAAUUUCCCCGGUGGAGAAAAUGUUGGAAAAAGACCGAACAGUGAAGGGAAGGGAAAGAUCCCCUUGGAUCCGCUGCGUGGGUGCGAGCGCCAACCGAGCCCUGGAACUCCCCACCUCCCUUCGGCCGUUUCUUGGUCAGUUUUUUCAGUGGCGAUCAUACUGUAUAUACAGUUUUGUAUUCUACUUUCUCAUUAAAGUUUAUAAUAAAUAUUUUUCCACGGUG